ACUCGCUAAAUGAUUACAAGCCACCCAUUUCUAAAGCGAAAAUGACACAGAUCACCAAGGCAGCAAUCAAGGCUAUAAAGUUCUACAAGCACGUUGUGCAGAGUGUUGAGAAAUUCAUUCAAAAAUGCAAACCAGAAUACAAAGUACCUGGUCUGUAUGUCAUUGACUCCAUUGUGAGACAGUCCCGGCACCAGUUUGGCCAAGAAAAGGAUGUAUUUGCUCCAAGAUUCAGCAAUAACAUCAUCAGCACUUUCCAGAACUUGUACCGUUGUCCUGGGGAUGACAAGAGUAAAAUUGUUAGAGUGCUAAAUUUAUGGCAGAAGAAUAAUGUGUUCGUUGUGACCCCUGUCUUGCCCAGCACUACAGCUGCUAUGAGCAACAAUACACCAGGAACACCUGUGACUCCAGUUACUCCAGCCAAUGUGGUGCAGAAUUUACCUGAUCCUUGGGUAUCUCAGAUUGCUAAUACAGAUACCCUUGCUGCUGUUGCGCAGAUUUUACAGAGUCCUCAAGGCCAACAGCUUCAGCAGUUGAUACAGACACUGCAGAUACAGCAGCAGAAACCUCAACCUUCACUACUUCAAGCCUUGGAUGCUGGUCUUGUUGUUCAGUUACAAGCCCUCACAGCACAACUUACAGCUGCAGCUGCUGCUGCUAACACACUCAAUCCACUGGAACAGAGUGUGUCUUUUAAUAAGAAGCUGAUGGACAGGUUCGACUUUGGGGAAGAAUCUGAACAAAAUGAAGAGCCUAAAAAGGAAACGCCCACUUCCCAACUGCCUUUAGUACCAGAAUCUGUGAACAACUCACUUUUUCACCAACUAGCUGAACAGCUACAGCAACAAAAUUUAGAACAUCUUAGACAACAGCUUCUUGAGCAACAGCAGCCUCAAAAGGCAAGCCCUGAGGAGAAUCAAGAAGGAAAUUUUGGUUCAGAGCACUCUGCAUCACCAUCACAAGGGAGUAGUCAACAGCAGUUUUUAGAAGUAGAAACAAAUGUAGAUGAUUCAAUGGAUAUUCAACAACAGGACAUGGAUAUAGAUGAAGGACAGGAUGUUGCUGAAGAAGAGAUUUUUGAACAAGAAGAAAAGAAAGCAGCUGUUCAUUCAAGAUCAAGAACUCGUUCAAGAUCUCGUUCAAGGUCACCAAGAAAACGAAGGUCUAGAUCACGAUCUGGUUCUCGUAAGCGUAAACACAGAAAACGUUCACGCUCAAGAUCAAGAGAAAGGAAGAGAAAGUCAUCUCGGUCAUAUUCCAGUGAAAGAAGGGCUAGGGAGAGGGAAAAAGAACGUCAGAAAAAGGGAUUGCCUCCUAUACGGUCAAAAACACUAAGUGUUUGCAGUACUACUCUUUGGGUAGGCCAAGUAGACAAGAAGGCUACACAGCAAGAUUUAACUAACUUGUUUGAAGAAUUUGGACAAAUAGAGUCAAUUAAUAUGAUUCCUCCAAGAGGCUGUGCUUAUGUCUGUAUGGUUCAUAGACAAGAUGCGUAUCGUGCUCUUCAGAAACUUAGUUCUGGGUCCUAUAAAAUUGGAUCUAAAAUUAUUAAGAUUGCCUGGGCUUUGAAUAAAGGUGUAAAAACAGAAUACAAGCAAUUCUGGGAUGUGGAUCUGGGAGUUUCAUACAUUCCUUGGGAGAAAGUAAAAUUGGAUGAUUUGGAGGGCUUUGCUGAAGGUGGCAUGAUUGACCAGGAAACAGUAAAUACGGAAUGGGAAACAGCCAGAAGCUCAGAAGCUGCUAAAGAAAAUACUCAAACUACGCAGAGUGCUGCAGUUGAGAAGAGUACGGUUAUUACAACACAGACAGAAGCUUACACACAACCAGUCACCAUGCUACAGAUUCCAGUAGCUCCAGCUGUGCCUGCUGUUAGCUUGGUUCCACCUGCAUUUCCUGUCACAAUGUCUGUCCCUCCUCCUGGUUACAGCGCAAUUCCUCCUCCACCCUUCUUGCGAGCGAGUUUCAACCCUUCACAGCCACCUCCAGGUUAUAUGCCUCCCCCAGUUCCACCUGUAGUCCCACCACCUGUUGUCCCGCCACCUGUUGUCCCACCAGUUGUUCCAACACCUUUAGUACAGCCUCCAUUACCAAUUGCACAAGAAAUGAUGAAGGAUGUUCCUUUUACUGGCCUUGUUCUACCAGUUGGCACAGUUACUAGUAAUCUAGCUACUCCAACAUUAUCUGCUGGAAGCGUUUUUAAUCCUCUGCCAAUCAACAAACCAGAAUCGGAUGAAAAGGGAUCACAUCUUGCAGACCUUCAGAUUUCAUCUGGUGAAAACAAUAGACCUGUGCAAAGUGAUGUCUCGAGUAGCUCUGGACUUGUUGGAGGAGUGCAGCCACCCAGCGUCUCAAGCAGUUCUGGGCUUACUGGAGAAGGACAACCACCCAGUGUCUCAAGUAGCUCUGGACUUGCAGGAGGAGUACAGCCACCCAGUGUUUCAAGCAGCUCUGGACUUGUAGGAGGAGUGCAACCACCGACUGUUUCAAGCAGUUCUGGUCUUGCAGGAGGAGUGCAGCUACCUAGUGUCUCCAGUAGCUCUUCUCUUGCUGGUGGAGUUCAACCAACCAGCGUCUCAAGUAGUUCUGGACUUCUGGCUGGAGUGCAACCACCAAAUGUCUCAAGUAGCUCGGGGCUUCUAGCUGGAGUGCAUCCACCCAGUGUCUCAAGCAGCCCUGGCCUUCUGACAGGAAUGCAGCCACCCAGUGUCUCAAGCAGCCCGGGCCUUUUGACAGGAAUGCAGCCACCCAGUGUCUCAAGCAGCUCAGGAGUUCUGGCAGGAGUACAGCCACCGAGUGUCUCAAGCAACUCUGGGCUUCUCAUAAUGCCACCACCCAAUGUUUCAAGUAGUUCUGGACUUAUGGGAGUGCCACCACCAAAUAUUUCAAAUAGUUCUGGACUUCUGGCAAUGCAACAUCCAGCUGGGGUUCAAAACAUGCCUCAUUUAAAUAUUAGUAGUGAAGGAGACAGAGAUUAUCGCUUUCCUCCAGUGGAAAACAGAGAUAAUCUUAACAGACCAUCUCCAGUGGAUGUCAGAGAUUCUGUUGGACGACCACCAGUUGAUCCAAGAGAGGGUAUGGGAAGGCCUCCAAUAGAUGGAAGAGAACACUUUGCAAGGCCACACAUAGACAUGAGAGAAAAUUUUGGAAGACCGAGUAUAGAUAACCUUGGUCGAAGAGAGCAUUUUGGUUUCAAUUCAGACAAGCACUGGGGACAGAGAGGAGAUUAUGAUGAGAGGGAGCACCAUACCUUCCCUAUUUAUGGUGGUCCUAAGGGCUUCCAUGAAGACAGAGAGAGGUUUCGGCAUGUGAACUAUAGGUUUGAUAGUAGAAGUGGUCCCAAUUGGAACAGAGGAUUUGAACAAGAUGCUCACAGAGAUUUUGAUGACCGCAGAAGACCCUGGGAAAGACAGAGGGAUAGGGAUGACAGAGAUUUUAAUUUUUCCAGAGAAAUUAAUGGGAACAGGUUUGGAAGAGACAGAAUGUCAAACAACUGGAUCCCCCCUCCACAUCCACGGGUUUUUGAGUAUUUUGAUGGGGCCACUUCCCAACGCAAAGCCGAUAAUAUGCCCCAGGUGAACGGUGAAAAUACAGAGACAGAAAGUCAGCCACCAACUGCACAGGUGCAGGACGAUCCAGAACUUUAUGAAAAACUGUCAUCUUCCGUCGAGAUAAACAAAGAGAAGAGUGACACAGAAGCUGAUAUAGAAAGUGAACCAGUGGUAGAAAGCACAGAAACUGAGGGGACAUAAUCAUCACUCAGUAGGUAAAAGAUACCUUUUGUAAAGUUGUCAUCUCUCUGUAAUAGAUAAAUGGCUGACUGGACCGUAGCAGUUCACUUUUGUCUGCCAGAAUUAAGUUAAUCUGAUGUUCAUGUUCACCUUUCACUUAAAUAACUGUACAACUGACUUGUAUAGAACACUGUUCUUAAUUUGAACAUGGUAGGUAAACAUUUUUUUAUUUCUCUGGUAAAGCAUAAGCUUGCCCCCACUUGCUUUUAGUUUCACAAAGAUAAAAUAACAGCUUGUCAAACAAAGACUUCCUAUGGAAGAAAAUGGAAUUUUUUAGAUACUACCCUUAGGUUGGCUAUCGAAAUUGUUAUACUUGAAAACAGGUGCUGGUGUAUCUUGUCCGUGUUUUUAGGCUGCUGCAGAAUUUUAAAGUAUAGACAAAGCUGUGAUAUUUUGUGUUCCUACAAUUCGGCAGAGAAAGAAAUGGCCCAUGUUAUUUAAGGAGCAUAACACAGAGAUGAAAAGUGAUUUUGUAAAAUCUACACUAUAGUCUCUGUUUUCUCUAAAGUAAGUGUUUGUGAUUUGUUCCUCGUACUGCAGUGGGUUUAAAAAAUGAAAAAAUACAUUUUAAUGUUGGGUGCAUUUUGUUUUUAGAUGCCAAUAAAGCAUAUUUGUUUGAUAACAGUGUUCUAGGUAUUGUAUUUUUUUAAAAACCUGCAAGCUCUAAGAACUUGGAAUCAGCUAUGAUAUGUGCUUAGCUAGUUGUUGCAAAAGGUUUAUAUUACUUUUGUAAGACCAAUGCAACAGUUAUAUGUGCAAGAAGCAUAUGGUUUUUACGUCAAAAAUCACGCAGUCAUAUUAGUUUAUGUAAAUAACAUGUAUGUAAAUAUUUGUGUAAACUGUUUGUAGAUACCACUUUUUCUGUGUG